AUGGGUCAGACAAUAUCAGCGAUAAACGAAGAGCUAUCGCGGAUAAGCGAAAUCCCGACAACCUCUCCACCGCACUAUCAGCAUGAGCAGCAAACUUUUCAGAAGAGAGAAAGUCCUUCUUCUCUCCCAUAUUCGCAGUUAGUUUCUCGUAGCUUGGCUGCUAAGAAGGAGCAGGAUUAUUCGUCCUAUCAGACGCAAAAUAUAGCUAAAGGAAAUGAAAAUGUAACGGAUAAUUCUUUCCCUCCCACCAUUCGUCCUUAUAUAAUUGUACGAUCUGGAACAACGACAUCCUUGACGGGGAAAUAUACAAUUACACAAAGCAAGAGAAAAUUUGUACAUAAUGAACUCGAGACGCUUCUAGAACACCCAAGUAACAAAGUGUUGCAUGCUCGGCUGUCUGAGGAAUGCAAUGUGUGUGAGGAAUCGAUAGUGGUUACGAGUUUUCGAUUAUACGCAGCAACUUUGGAUUCUGAUCAAGAAGAGCCCACCAUUGAGAUUCUUCGCAAUUUGGAAUGGAAUGAUCAUUACCGAGUAUUUGGCUUUUGGAAAUGCCAAAUUUGCAAAAAGAAAUGGAGAAGCGCUUACACUUGGAUAUCUCUUCGAGAGUUUAUGAUGCAAACAACGGCGCGGAAUUUAAAAGAUUAUUACAUGCAGCGGUGCAAGACUUGCAAUGGUAACGCAAAAUGCAGCGGUCAAAAGAGAAACGACAGUGACACGAGCUUUAUUUAUGAUUAUCAACCUCUGAAGCUGUCGAGAAGCACUGACCCACAUAAAGAUGAAUUAUGCGCAAAAUGUCAGAGUGGGCAAAGCAACAAAUGCAGAUACAGCACUCAUUCUACAUACACCGGUAAAAAAAGAUGA